UUGUGAGCUUCAGCCGGUGUCUGACAGCCUGGCGGGGAACGAACAGAAGGAAAAUGGAAUCGUGUAGCUCAGACAUCAGUGAAAUUUAAAAGCCACACUCACGGUGGAAGCAUGAAGCUCGCCGCGGUGGCUUUUUACGGUUUGGCCGCGGGGCUGCUGGCGGUCGGCCUGCGAGAGUUGCUGACAGGCUUCGAGGAGAACAGAUGCAGUAUGACCUAUAUGUUUGAAUACCCGGAGUAUCGGCGUGUGGCGCUGCCUCGCCGUGUGGCCAGACUGUACCCGGCCUACGGGCUCUACCUGUACGGAGAGGGUGUCUACGCCCAGGAGACCCGAGCACUCAAACUCACCGGCGCCCCUGUGCUUUUCCUGCCUGGAAAUGCUGGAAGUUAUAAACAAGCUCGAUCUCUGGGCUCAGUCGCAUGA